CAGUGGCGCGAGCGCAGGGACUAGGAGGCGGGCGAGAAGUAGCCGCAGCAGAGUGGACCAGACCAGCGGGCGCAGGGGUCUGGGGCAGUAGCUGCCGAACGGCCGCCGCAGAUAUAAAGACCUGAAGCAGCCUUUCCAGUCUAAAGAUGGAAAACAGUACCACCACCAUUUCUCGGGAGGAGCUCGAAGAGCUACAGGAAGCGUUUAAUAAAAUAGAUAUCGACAACAGUGGAUAUGUGAGUGACUAUGAACUUCAGGACCUGUUUAAGGAAGCGAGUCUUCCUCUCCCUGGGUACAAGGUGCGCGAGAUUGUGGAGAAAAUUUUAGUAGUUGCUGACAACAACAAAGAUGGGAAAAUCAGUUUUGAGGAGUUUGUGUCGCUGAUGCAAGAGUUAAAAAGCAAAGACAUCAGCAAGACUUUCCGGAAAAUAAUUAACAAAAGGGAAGGGAUCACUGCUAUUGGGGGGACGUCAUCCAUCUCCAGCGAGGGCACCCAGCAUUCUUAUUCAGAGGAAGAAAAAGUGGCUUUUGUUAACUGGAUAAACAAAGCUCUGGAGAAUGAUGCAGACUGUAGCCACCUCCUGCCCAUGAACCCCAACGACGGUAGCCUUUUCAGAUCGCUCGCGGAUGGCAUCCUUCUUUGCAAAAUGAUCAACUUAUCUGAACCAGACACGAUUGACGAAAGAGCCAUCAAUAAGAAGAAGCUCACUCCGUUCACCGUGUCGGAAAACCUGAACCUAGCCCUGAAUUCUGCCUCAGCCAUCGGCUGCACCGUGGUCAACAUCGGUGCUCAGGAUCUCAAGGAGGGAAAGCCCCACUUGGUCUUGGGGCUUCUCUGGCAGAUCAUCAAAGUUGGUCUCUUUGCUGACAUCGAGAUUUCCAGGAAUGAAGCCUUGAUUGCGCUGCUAAAAGAAGGGGAGGAGCUGGAGGAGCUGAUGAAGCUGUCUCCUGAGGAGCUGCUGCUGCGAUGGGUGAACUACCAUCUGACCAAUGCGGGGUGGCGCACCAUCAGCAACUUCAGCCAGGACAUUAAGGACUCAAAAGCCUAUUUCCACCUCCUCAAUCAGAUUGCUCCCAAAGGUGACCGAGAUGGUGGGUCUGCUGUAACCAUUGAUCUUUCGGGAUUUAACGAGAAGAACGACCUGAAGCGUGCUGGAUUCAUGCUCCAGGAAGCGGAUAAGCUUGGCUGCAGACAGUUUGUCACGCCUGCAGAUGUGGUGUCAGGGAACCCUAAGCUAAACUUAGCCUUUGUAGCGAAUCUUUUUAACACAUACCCAUGCCUCCACAAGCCUGACAACAAUGACAUUGAUCUCAACUUACUGGAAGGAGAGAGCAAGGAAGAGAGGACAUUUCGGAACUGGAUGAAUUCACUGGGGGUCAACCCAUACAUCAAUCAUUUGUACAGUGACCUUGCAGAUGCCUUGGUGAUCUUUCAGCUCUAUGAGAUGAUCCGCGUGCCCGUCAACUGGAGCCAUGUCAACAAGCCUCCCUACCCUGCCCUUGGAGGGAACAUGAAGAAGAUUGAAAACUGCAACUACGCAGUUGAGCUCGGGAAGAACGAGGCCAAAUUCUCUUUGGUUGGUAUCGCCGGGCAGGACUUAAAUGAAGGGAAUGCAACACUUACCUUGGCUCUGGUGUGGCAGUUGAUGAGAAGAUACACGCUGAAAGUGCUGUCAGACCUGGGAGAAGGUGAAAAAGUCAGUGAUGACAUCAUUAUUAAAUGGGUCAAUCAGACCCUUAAAAGUGCAAAUAAAAGUACUUCUAUUUCCAGCUUCAAGGAUAAAUCUAUUAGUACAAGCUUGCCUGUCUUAGAUCUAAUAGAUGCCAUUGCACCAAAUGCAGUCCGUCCGGAAAUGAUCAAGAGAGAACACUUGACUGACGAGGACAAGCUGAACAAUGCUAAAUACGCCAUUUCAGUUGCUCGGAAGAUCGGCGCCCGGAUAUACGCACUGCCUGAUGAUCUCGUGGAAGUGAAGCCGAAGAUGGUGAUGACAGUGUUUGCCUGCUUAAUGGGAAAGGGACUGAACAGACUGAAAUAAUGAACCAUGUACUGUGACCUGUCACAUUACACGCAUCAAACGUCUCAGUUUACAGAAUUUUGAAAUGUAGUGGGUAUCAAAUCAGAAUAUCUGUCUGCUCCAAACAGUUCUGUGUCCAGUAAUGAAUAAUAUCUUGUCCAUACCAGUUAGAAUUUGUUAAUCUGUUUUUUAGAUAACACAAUUACUUUAACAAUCAACACCAAUUCAGGAAUGUUUUCCUCAAGCUGCUAUUUCAUAAUUAUUUUAUUCCCUAAGAGUCUUACCAAAUAAGACUAAUCAUUCAUUUUUUGUGGCUCAAAAAAGACCUGUAUAAAGUUUCGUCAGAUCCUUCUAUUAAAUUUGUUUGGAUUUUUUUGAUGUGUUAUUUAAUUUUGAUUAAAAAUGUACCUAAAGUCGUAAUCUAACUUUAAUUCUUUCGUUUUUCCUCCUUAACUAUGUAAAGCGAUCUAAAAUUUUCUGUAAAUUUCUAUAUCAUAUAAAAACUUAAAAGGAUAAAUAUCAUUCGUCAACAUUAAACUUUUUUAAUAUGAGAACUAAUUCUUGAAUAACCCCCAAGGUUCCCUCUCUUGUAUAAGCUCUGGAAGCAUUUUACUUAAAGUUUGAUUAUAACUCCAUUGCCUCUUUACGUGUCCUAGUUUGAUAAUAUAGCUUUAUCAUCAACAUCUAGCGUAAUAUUAUAUGUUGGUAAGAUGUUAUAUAUGUAUUCCUCUAAGUCAUCUGAGAUACCCAGAUUUUCUUAAAUGGUAUGUAUUAAGUGGUCAGCCAGCCAUUAAGUAUUUAUUUUGCCCCCCACAAUGUGUGUGACACUUUUCAGUUGUGGAUAUCUGAUAUGUGAAGAUAUGUUUUGCAGAUAUUAAUUAUGAAUGUGAACACAGUUAUUUUUCACCUAAUUGCUUUCAAAUACUUUCAGCCAAACAUUGGAUAGAACGUCCCAACCGAUACUGAUCCCUAUCCUGUUAGCAUCACAUUACACUUCCUGGUUUUAGUCUAUAGUGAAACCUACAUAAUUGGAAUCUGCCCACCAAAUAAAUGGCUUCAGUAGAAAGGUGUGUAUAAAAGCUAAUGUCCGUCGUUGUCGUUUUUCAUGGUUUUCACAGCCCUGUGUAAACUGGAAACGUUUAAGGUCUGUGUUCCUCGGGAAGAGUUAAAGCUUGUAGGCUCUUUUCCCAGCAUCCUUAGCGGUAGAGAAAUUCUGUUCUCCAUAGUUGAAGCCCCAAACUAGCUCCCCCCACCUUCCACUUUAGUGCCAGUGAGCAAUACUGCUUUGCAACGGAAGUGCUGUCACUUCUCUGUGUGAAUGAACGCCCACCUCCUCCUUGUCCACUGACCAACAUACAUCGGGAGCGAGAGUGUCUGUGUGCUUAGGCUAGACUUUUUUAAAUGAACUAACAGGUGGGAUUCUGAAAUAUAUUCUUCUACAUGAAAUUUCUUUGCCUUUUAUAUUUUGAUGAUUGUUUUCUUAUGUGAAGAUAUAAGUAUGCUUCUGCUAUUUUCCUGAGAUGAUUUAAAUCGCGCCUCUCUUGAUUUUUUUCCACUGUCAUACUUACUAAAAUCAUCUGAUUUACAUGGAAUUUAGCACUUUAAGGUGUUCUUUUUCUCAUGAAGUAUAUUUAAUAAAAAUGCCGUGUAUGUA